AUGUUGCGACUCGCCCCCGCGCUGAGGCAGCUGGCCCGGCCGCAGCCCCUGCCGGUGCCCCUGCCGGUGCCCCUGCAGCCCCUGUGCUCCUCCCCCGUCGCCGCCCCGGCAUUUGGUCGGCUCCACUCCCUCCCCCGCCGCGCCGUGCACAGCAGCCCCACUCGACAAAACCUCGCCCCAGGCCCUCGGCCUCAUCUGCUGCCCGAAUUCAGCCUCAAGGACAAGGUCAUUGUCGUCUCUGGCGGCGCCAGGGGCCUGGGCCUCGUCCAGGCCGAGGCACUGCUCGAGGCCGGCGCAACCGUGCACUGCAUCGACAGGCUUCCUUCGCCUGCCAACGACCCGAGCUCUGGCUUUUCCGAAAUCUACAAGCGGGCUCGACGCGAGCUCGACACCAGUCUCACCUACCACCAGUCCGACGUCCGCAAUGUCGCCGAGCUCAACAAGAUCAUGGAGAACAUUGCCGACGAGGCCGGGCACUUGGACGGCCUCAUCGCCGCUGCCGGCAUCAACCACGAGAUGCCUGCUCUCGAGUACACUCCGGAGGAGGUGGACAGGAUGAUGAGCAUCAACGUCACGGGCGCCUUCAUGACUGCCCAAGCUGCCGCCCGUCAGAUGGUCCGCCUCAAGCAAAAGGGAAGCAUCUGCUUGAUCGCCAGCAUGAGCGGCACCAUUGCCAACCGCGGCAUGUAUGCUCCGGCAUACAACGCCUCCAAGGCCGCCGUCAUCCAACUGUGCCGCAGUCUGGCUGCCGAGUGGGGCGAGUUCGGCAUCCGUGUCAACACGCUCUCGCCCGGGUACAUCAUGACGCAGAUGCUCCAGUCGCUCUUCGACGACUUCCCCGAGCGAAAGGAGGUGUGGCCCACGGAAAACAUGCUCAACCGCCUCAGCUUGCCCAGCGAGUAUCGUGGCGCCGCCGUGUUCCUGCUGAGCGAAGCCAGUAGCUUCAUGACGGGCGGGGAUCUCCGAAUCGAUGGCGGCCAUUCAGCGUGGUAG